AUGCGUUUUUUCGAUAGCCCCUUCAAUCGGGUCACAUCACGACCUCUCGAAGAAAUGGUCCGAUCGAGAUUAUCUGGCAAUAGUAACGAACAUCAGUCUCGUAUAUCUCAUAUUUAUUAUCCACCAGUAUCUAACAAGAAUAAACGUCAUAUUACUGAUGCGUUACCAUCACACAAUAAUCAACCAAUUAACAACCAAUUUACAUCGGCUGGUACCGAUUCAUUUGUCACAUCAAGUACAGUUCAUUCUUAUGUAACCGAUAAAGAAGAAGUCGAUAGUCAAAAAUCAUCCACUUGUUUUCAUGAUAACAGUUCACAACAACAAAUUCGAUAUCACGUUCACAAUCACCGACAAGCACCAAUACGAUGUACACCAAAACGUUACAUAUCAUCGUUCAAAACAUUAGUUAACGCAACAAAUGGGAAAAAUCCUCAAAAACUCAGUUACAUUAAUGAUAGUGUCAUUAUUUUAAAACUAUCCAAAGAACAACGUCGUACGUUAAACAUAAAUGAACAAGUACAAAAUCAGAAUACAACAAACAGUGUAAUACAAGAUAUGACUGUGGCAUCCCAAUAUGUCACCGUUAAUUCCUCACUAAAUAAUCCUAAUAUGAAUCCAACAUUAGUUGCGUAUCGUAGCGGAAAUUGUUCAUUUACAAGUCAACGUUAUAAUCAGCCGUCUAUACGUACAACAUCAAACGAUAGUUCACAAAAUGGUGGUAGUCUAUUAAUAACAGCCGAACGAAUGAAAUCAAAUGUAACAAUAAAAAACACUCGAAAUUCUAUAACAAAUCAGUCACAAGCUAAUUAUACACAAUCAUUAUCAAUUGCUAGAAAUAUAAAUCAAAAUUCUAAAUCAAGAUUAAAUCAAGAGAAAAAAGGCAAGGAUAUAUCAUUUGAAAUUAUUUCGGUUUAA